AUGCGAUUUCACGCCGCUUCCAGCACCGCCGAGACCAUCGGCGAGCGAUAUCACGAUAUCCUCAGUUCUCCUACGCUCGCAGGGCUCCGGCACAUUCGCAACAUCGUUCAUGAAGCUGUGGUGCUUGAGGAUGUUAUCAAAAGUACGUGGAUGAUCGAAGAACUCGCAUCGAAAAGCGUAUCGCUGCAAGAUCUGCGAGAUCAACAAGAGGAGGCUAUCGCCGACGAUAAGAAGAAGCAACAUAAGCAGGGUAUACGAUUCACACGAUCUGUCAUCAUCAAGGAGAUGAACCGCCUCAAGGAUGAGUGGCGAGAGAAUAAAGAAGUUAUCGUCAACGGCAUACCAAAGAGGCUGCAGUUCAAGCAGUGGUUGGAGCACACAGGGAAGCAAUAUGACUAUUUAUCUAUGGAUACACAGCGUUCACAAAUGACUCAAGCACUGAAAGAAGAGACUGACGGCUAUAUGAUAGAUACACAACUCCCUGAUGAUGUGCGUGAAGCUAUCCGCAAGGCACAUGAUGAUACGGUCACUUUCAACCUCACACAAGCACACGAGCACGAGGAAAUGGAUGAAGAAGACGAGAUUCUUCCUGUAAUUGAAGUCGCCGGCGGCAGCGAAGUCGAGAUGCCCUCAUCGCCGCCCUGUGCACCUGACUCUGAGUCAUCACUACCUACACUUCCCUCAACUCCUUGUCCCUAUCAACACCACACGCAGCUUCAUGAGUCACUUCGUGAUAUCAUCAGGGGAAUAAGAACGGCACAAGAAGAUAGCCUUAUUGGCUAA